UAAGAUUGAUAGUGGGGGAGGGGAGGGGGAAGGAGAGUUUGGCCAUUUCCAGGAAAGCUGUACAAUAAAUGGCAGAUGGGUAAAGCGGACAGAGUAUUAAAAGGACCUGGGCCAGACUGAGAGAACCAGCUUCCACAAACCCAGAUUCAAUAAACCAGGAUCUAUACUAAACCAGGAGCUCGUCACACCCACAACGUCUGCCUGCUGCCAGAGAAAUCACCAUGACUCCACUGCUCAGCUUCUGGAUGUGUCUGGUUGCUUUCUCACUGAGGGCCACCCCGAGCCAUGGUUUAAGGAGAAUCGCCCUGAAGAAGAUGCCAUCCAUCAGAGAGACGCUGCAGGAGAUGGGGGUUUCUGCAGAGCAGGUGUUGUCUGAACUGGCCCAGAUGAGCUCUGCUGAGACCAACAACGGAACCGUUCCCACACCUCUGACCAACUACUUGGAUACCCAGUACUUCGGUGAGAUCAGCAUCGGCUCUCCAGCCCAGAUGUUCAACGUGGUGUUUGACACCGGUUCUGCCAACUUGUGGGUGCCGUCUCAGAGCUGCUCACCUUUCUCCACAGCCUGUUACACCCACAACAGGUACGAUGCAUCCAAAUCCCACACUUAUGUUGAGAACGGCACCGGAUUUUCCAUCCAAUACGCCUCUGGAAAUGUCAGGGGAUUCCUGAGUGAGGAUGUGGUUGUGGUUGGUGGCAUCCCUGUGGUGCAGGUAUUUGCAGAAGCCACCUCUCUGUCGGCCAUGCCCUUCAUUUUUGCCAAGUUUGAUGGCGUCCUGGGGAUGGGUUACCCGAACGUGGCCAUUGAUGGGAUCACUCCGGUGUUUGACCGCAUUAUGUCUCAGCAUGUCCUCAAAGAAGAGGUGUUUUCUGUCUACUACAGCAGAGACCCAAAACACUCCCCCGGCGGAGAGCUGGUUCUCGGGGGCACUGACCCAAACUACUACACCGGACACUUUAACUAUGUAGACACCAGAGAAAUAGGAAAAUGGGAUGUAUCAAUGAAAGGCGUCUCUGUUGGGACGGAGCAUAUGUUUUGCGCAGAGGGCUGCACGGCUGUCAUUGACACGGGCUCCUCCUACAUCACAGGUCCCGCCUCUUCCGUGUCAGCACUGAUGAAAGCCUUUGGAGCUCAGUUGGAUGAAAGUGGAUACAAAGUCAGCUGUGACAAAGUGAAGACGUUGCCAAGUGUCACUUUUCACCUGGGAAGUCAGGAGUACUCACUUACUUAUGAGGAUUAUAUCUUAUGGCAGACACAGAUUGAGGGGGACGUCUGCAUCGUCACCUUCAGGGGUUUGGACAUUCCACCUCCUGCUGGGCCCAUCUGGAUCCUAGGAGCCAACUUCAUCGCCCGGUACUACACUGAGUUUGAUCGUCGCAACAAUCGUAUCGGGUUCGCUACAGCGGUCUGACAGGAAGUUCAACUUUAAUCACUUUCUGCUAUGUCAGUGCUUUAAUGUCUCUUGCUGCUAUGUCCCAGUAGAUUCCUGUCUCUUUUUAGCCGAGCGGAAUUCUUGGUGAAUUUAAAAAAAAAUAAUUCAUGAUUUAAAAAGCUUUUUGUUUACUCCAGCAACAAAAAGAAAAGUUUGUAUAAUGUCUCAUACUUUUCUCUUUCUUUUUUCUGACUUGGUUUGUACUGAUCACAGCAAACACCUUGUUCUUUAUACAUGUUUUUUUAAGCCAGUCAAUUCUUUCUGCUUGUCGCUCUGCUUGAUGUUAGAAAUAAAGUCUGCCUUGGUUCAGCGUAAUGA